AUGCAAUUUGAAUCGUCAAGUUCCGAGGAACAAGUUACGGAUGAUGAUGUGAAUUCACAAGUCUGGGGCAAAAUAGAAUCAGAAUCGGAUGCUGAAUUCUCGGAGGAUCAUGGAAUGGUCAAUGAAGUACCGGCAAAUUCGGAAGAUACUACGAUGAAUCCAAUCGAUUGCUAUCGAUAUUUCAUCCCUGAUGAGAUUAUUAGCCCCAUGGUUCGUGAAACUAAUCGAUAUGCAGAACAACACGUAGAAACCCAUAAGCUUACCAAACGAUCGAAAACUCUUCAGUGGAAACCAACUACUAAUGAAGAAAUGCCCAAUUUUUUAGGAAUUAUUAUUGAGAUGUGA